GCUCCGUCGGGCGGUUGUUGUGCGCCGUCGCGUCGCGUUGCCCGGGCCCGUGCGGCCUUGUCACAUGGCGCCCUUUGUUACGCCUGCCCUUCGAAUGGCCGUGUCCCUCCUCUCGGGUUACCGGCCCCGCCGGAGGAGGGAAAUGGAAGGCACCGCGCACUCAUCACCCGGAGACGUGGCUGGCGGCUGAAGAUGCUCCAGGUUGGAGGGCUGUCCGUCUCCAGGAUCCAGAGUUCCCGAGUCUAUGUGACCGUGAUCUUCAGAGGUAAUAAGAAGAGAACAGGCUUAUCAGAGGAAGAUGUUACUGUACGAUGGAACGAUAAACUAGACUUUAAGUUGAAAGGAAAUCCUUUAGAUACAAAAUCCUCUCUGCAGAUUCACCUGAAAGAAAAUGGCAAAAGUGGAAAGAGCAGGCUUGUUGGGUCCACUGUUGUCCGACUUGGAGGUCUGAUUGGGGAAAAAAACAAAAUUUUAUCCUUCAAUCAAAUUCCUCUGCUGGAUAAAAACAAACAAAAAACGAAGAACACAAUAAGUUUUGACAUAAUCUAUGAUGCGCCCAGAACUGACAAAAAACAUAAGGAAGAUGGUAAACCCCAAAAGCCGCCAUCUGUAACAAACAUCAGUGGAAUUCCAGACCCUGCAGCAAGACCCCCACCGUUGCCUCCAGAACAAGAUACAGGAAGGGGAACCUCAAAAUUCACUAAGAACAUCUCAAGCAAACCACAGGACUUCCAGGUUCGAAUCCGGAUUAUUGAAGGCCGUCAUCUCCAAGGUGUCAAUAUCAGACCUGUUGUGAAGGUGUAUGUAGGAGACUCGUCUUUCCGAACAAGGAUCAAACGUGGGAACAAUCCAGUCUUUGAUGAGAUUUUCUUUCAGAAUUUUCAUAAAACACCAUUAGAGGUCUUCAAUACUUCGAUACACAUUCAGGUGUUAAAUUCUCAUUCUCUUCGAUCUGAUUCCAUGAUUGGCAUUUUCAAACUGGAUAUUGGCGCUGUUUAUGAAUUUCCAGAUCAUGCGGUGUUGCGGAAAUGGCUUCUGCUCUACGAAGUUGAUGAUGCACACUCCAUGGCCAAGGGUUACCUGAAAGUCAGCAUCAUUAUCCUGGGAGCAGGUGAUGAAGCACCGAUAGACAAGAAAGGGACAAAUGAAGAGGAUGAUGUGGAGAGUAAUCUGCUCCAGCCAACUGGUGUUCUCUCUCGAUGGGUCACAUUCAUUCUUAAGAUCUACAAAGCUGAAGACAUUUCACAAAUGACAAAAGGGCUUAAGACAAACGUGAAGCACAUGUUUGGAGUGGAUACUUACAGGAAAGGUGGUGUUGACUCCUUUCUUGAAGUCAACUUUGCUGGAAAUAAGGUGGCAACAAAAGUGGUAGAGAACCAGAUAAAUCCUGAAUGGAACCAGGUGAUUUACCUGAGGAGCAGGUUUCCAUCAUUGAGUGACAAUAUCUGGUUCACGGUUUAUGAUCGGAAGAGUGCAAUCAAAAAUAAACCUUUAGGAACAACACACUUGAAUAUCUCAAAGAUUUCAUCAAUGGGACAAGAAGAUGAUGACACAGGCGGAUUCCUUCCACAUUUUGGACCAUGCUUUUUGAAUAUUUAUGGCAGUCCCAGGGAAGGUCUUGAUGGUGCGGAUAAGGAUGAUGAGUUAAAUCUUGGAAAGAUGGAAGGAGUCUAUUACCGUGGUCGAAUCUUGAUAGAAUUAAUAACCAAAAUGGGGGAACUUUCAGGAAAUAACAUUACUGAUCUGCCUAGUGAAGAUUCUUUGAUAGUACAGAAGUACCUACACAGGCGGAGGUACAGUCUCUGCGUUGUUUUCUACUCGGCCACACAGCUGCAAGAAUCUAAGGAGCCAAUCCACUUUGAGGUCAGCAUGGGGAAUUACGGGAAUAGAUUUGACAAGUCUUGUAAACUUCAUGCGUCCGCCACCCAGUACAGCCAACCUGUAUUUGAUGGAAACUACUAUUAUUACCUCCUCUGGUGUGACACAAAACCUGUGGCUGCUCUGCCAUCGUACUGGGAAAAUAUUGACCACAGACUCGACAGAUUAAAUAUAUUGCUUAAAAUCAUAGAUAGACUGAAAAUUAAUUUGGAAGACGUCAAGCAAGCAUUGCCAGCUGCAGGAACCCAACUCACAGGGGCAUGGAUAAAGAUGCUUGACCGUGUGGUGAAAGAUUGCAAUCGGUCACUCCCAUCAGUGAAAAAGCUACCCCAUGUGACUGUUCUCGAUCAGUUCCUGUACGGUCAGCAAAUUCUAAUUCUGAAGAAAAUUAGCAAAUCUGCAGAGAAAUUGAGGGAUAAAAACAUUAAAAUCCAAGACAAGCUGCCUGAAAUCGAAGACUGGAUUGAGAAGCUCACAUCAGUAGCAGAGGAGUCUCAGAUAAGCUUACCUGACAUCAUAAUCUGGAUGCUGUCUGGAGAGAAACGAGUUGCUUACGCUCGGAUCAAAUCGCAUUUAGUUCUGUUUUCGAGUAGCGACAAGAAGUCUUGUGGGAAAUUCUGUGGGAAGUUACAAACCGUGUUUAUGAAGUACCCCCAUGACAAGAUUAAUGAAAUGAGGAUUGCAGCUCAUCUCCGCCUAUGGAUCUGGCUGGGGCUGUCUUCUGAUGAAGAGGAAUUUGAAAAGCUCAUUGAUGGAAAAUUUAUGGUUGCUGCAGAAAGAUAUGAAAAUCAAGCAAAAGUAAUGGGCCAUUGGGGUACCAGUGGAUUGCUGCAGCAUCCGAUGUUUUCUGAUGCGAUGGGUAAAAUGCGACUUUCAAAAAAGGCUUUCCACCCUCUGAAAGGUUGGCAAUGGGAUGGAAAGUGGACCAUCGACCCAGAGCAAUGCUUGCUGUUUGAUUCUGAUGCUGGGCACAGUGAAUAUAUAAAUGAUGUUUAUGAAAAUGAAAGUAGUCUAGCUGGAGGAGACUGGAGCCCAGCUUUUGACCCGUACACUGAUGCAAAAGGGAAUAGACACUUAUCGAUAGACGAGAUUGAAUGUCCUGAUGGAUGGGAAUGGAAGGAAGAAUGGGAUCUAGAUUUUUCUCGAGCAGUAGAUGAAGAUGGAUGGGAGUAUGGAACUUUUGUUCCACCAGACAAGAUGGCGAAGACCUGGAAUCCCACUGAGAAAGCCUAUCACACACACAGACGUCGCCGGUGGAUACGGAAGCGCGUCAUGAAGGCCACCACUCGUCAAGUUAAGAAAGAAGACUUUGAUCCUGAUGGCUGGGAAUACGCCCCGUUAUUCGGUUGGAAAUUCCAUGUGAAACCGAAUAAGGGAGAUAUUUUUCGUCGCAGGCGUUGGCGGAGGAAGAUGGUCCCCACGGAACAAGUGGGGCCAGCAUCUAUUUUUAGACUGGAGGGCUCUUUGUGUCAUGACCACAUGAGUGUGGAGGAGGAUGAGUUUGUAGCUAGAGAGAAGCCACAUGAAAAUAUCAACCUUUAUGGAUCGACGGCUCCUUUUGUAACAUGUCUCCUGGACUCUCCUCUGGCUUUCCAGUUACGUGGCUACAUCUAUCAAGCAAGAGGUUUGCUUCCCACUGACAGGAGCAGCUUUGCAGAUCCUUAUGUCCAGAUGUCAUUCUUGUACCAGAGCAGAAAGACAGAUGCUAUCAAAGGGACAGUGAAUCCAACCUGGGACCAAACGUUGAUAGUUGAGGACAUUGAAAUCUAUGGCAACAUCAGGGAACUAGUGGAAAACCCACCAUACAUCAUGCUGGAGAUGUUUGACAGUAAUCGUGUGAGCAAGCAUGAAUAUAUGGGCGGGACCCUGUGCUUCCCAACUGUGACGAUGGAUUCUUCUUCGCAGUACGUUCCCAUGCUCCGUUGGUACCCAGCCUUCAAAGGAGAGAGGUUUAGUGGCGAACUCCUUAUUUCCUGCGAGCUAUUUCUGAAACAGAAAGAUGAGGAUCAGGACGUGCCCCCACGGCCUCCCUUGAAGGAUUCUGACACAUAUAUGGUGCCUCCGGGAAUUCGACCACAGCUACAGAUGACCAUGAUUGAGGUUCUGGCCUGGGGAUUGAGAAACCUGAAAAACUACAACAUGCUGAGAGUGACGACCCCAAGCCUGGUAGUGGAGUGCAGCGGAGAAAUGAUCCAAACUCCACCCAUCAAAAACUACAGGAAGAAUCCAAACUUUCCCAGCUCCAUCUUUUUCAUCACAGUGUUUCUACCUGUAGAUCCUUUCUUCAGUCCUCCCAUUGUGCUAAAAGUGAUGGAUUAUCGACCAUUUGGAUACAGACCAGUGGUGGGACAGAGCACGGUGAAAUCACUCGACGAGUUCAUCAUUGACCCUUUUGCUGGGUCAGCCAACAGCGAAGAUCCUACUCUAACUACUACUGCAAGUUUUCAUGUUGAAACACCUAACAUUGAGAGUUCAGAAACAGAGGAAGUAACAUUGGAACGGGAAGCCCCUGAAGGAGAAUUGGAAGAUGAUGCCAUUGAUUGGUGGUCUAAAUUCUACGCCUCAUCUGGGGAGCAUAAUGAGUUUUCAGACUACCUGCAACAGGGAUACGAUAUAUUACGGGUGUAUCCAAGUGCGCUGGAAGAUGUGCCGCAAUUCCAGGGCCUUCAAGAUUUCUGCCACACCUUCAAACUCUACCGGGGAAAAGCAUAUGGUGAUACAGAGGAUCCAUUAAUAGUGGGAGAAUUUAAGGGUUCAUUUCGAAUUUAUCCUCUUCCAGAAGACCUUUUAAAGCCUCAACCCCCGUCCCAGUUCCGCCAGUUGCCUUCUAGUGAACCCCAAGAGUGUCUAGUGAGAGUUUACAUCAUUCGAGCUCUCAGCCUCCAGCCUAGGGAUCGGAAUGGAACGUGUGACUCCUACAUUAAGAUCUCAAUUGGAAAAGUCUUAAUUGAUGAUCGAGAGCGUUAUGUUCCGAACAACACCAACCCUGUGUUUGGCAGAAUGUUUCAACUUUAUACCACCAUCCCACUGAAUAAAGAUCUCAAAGUUGAGGUGUAUGACUACGAUAUGGUCACUCAGGAUGACAAAAUUGGGGAGACGGUUAUUGAUUUGGAAAACAGGUUCCUGUCACGUUAUGGAGCACACUGUGGCCUGCCCCGAACAUACUGCAUAAGUGGCCCCACUCAAUGGAGAGAUCAGCUCAAGCCGACAGAACUGCUGAACAACCUGAGCAAACUGAAGAACUACGAUCUGCCUGUAAUUCAGAACUCAGGCAGGAGGUUUAACAUUGGAGAGAAAGAGUUCCUGCUGGAGGACUUUGAAGUGAAGAAGGUUCCAUACGCCUCCCUGGGCCCCCCAGAAGAGCGCCUUGCGCUGCAUAUUCUGCGACUGCAGAAUCUUGUGCCUGAACACGUGGAGACAAGGACUUUGUUCAGUAGCGCUCAGCCAGGAAUCGAGCAGGGGAAAUUACAGAUGUGGAUUGACAUCUUUCCCAAAGAUCUGGGACCUCCCGGUCCAGCCUUCAAUAUCACCCCACGGGCUCCUAUGAGGUAUGUCCUCCGCUGUAUUGUCUGGAACACAAAUGAUGUUCUUCUGCAGGAGACCAGUGUCAUGGGAGAGAAGAUGAGUGACAUCUAUGUUAAAGGCUGGAUGGCUGGAUUGGAGGAUAACACGCAGAAAACCGAUGUCCAUUACAGGUCUCUGGAUGGAGAGGGUAACUUUAACUGGAGAUUUAUUUUCCCGUUUGAAUAUUUAAAAGUGGAACGAGUCCUUGUCAUCAGCAAAAAGAAUUUUAUUUGGAACCUGGAUGAGAUGGAAGUGAAAAUACCUCCUAUACUAACCAUCCAGCUUUGGGACAAUGAUAAGUUCUCCCUUGAUGAUUAUUUAGGUUUCCUUGAGCUUAACCUGAAUGCUUUACGAAGUCCAACAAAAUGGGCGGAUCAAUGCACCUUAAACAAGUUCUUUAAGAAGGAAGGCUCUACAAAAGGCAAAUUGCAAAAGCUGGUUUCACUGUUCAAGCAAAAGCGUGUUAAGGGCUGGUGGCCAUGUAUUUCAUACAAAGAAGGCAAAGAGGUUUUAACAGGUAAAAUCGAGUUGACCUUGGAACUGGUGACAGAAUUUGAAGCUGAGGAGCGGCCAGCUGGAAAAGGGAGAGAAGAACCCAAUAUGAACCCCAAACUGGACCCACCAAACCGGCCAGACACUUCGUUCUUGUGGUUCCAGUCUCCCCUGAAGGGGUUGAAGCAUAUUGUUUGGCGCAAGUACAAGUGGUGGGUUAUCUGUGCAUUGCUGUUGUUGGUGCCCAUUAUACUCCUCGUGUCUAUCCUCAAUGCAAUACCUAACACUAUAGCAAAAUUUUUGUUGCAGUCCACUAGAUUUCAUGGGAAGAAAAAGUGACAAGGAGGCACGCAAGGUAGAAGGCCAGGCCAGUCACGGGGUGAGCGGCUGGGCCUGCAAGGAGCAACAACCCAGCAGGAUGCCUCCAGCGUGUUGCUUCCCUUCAUUACCUUUGCUGUUGGCCAUGGAUGGAAAAACAGUUGGGUGUGAGAGAGACAGGACUUGAGGGUUCACAGUCUAAACCCUGGUUUGUGCAGAUUUCAAAGGGAAUCAUCACCCAGCUGAGGCCAGGACAUUGCUCCUUCCAAGGUCGAUACCAGACUACCUGCUGAAGAGUUCGAUUACAGCAAGUUUAACACCUGUUCUACACUUCAUAUUUCAAAUGUUUCCACGCCAGCACUUUCCACAAAUGCUCCAUUUACUUGCUACUUUUUUUGCAAAAAGUGUUUUUAAAAAGGGACUUCAGUCCCCCAAAGCCUUUGAUGAAUUAACCUAUAAAUUAUUUUGUAUUGUUAAAUAUAUAUCCAGCCAGUGUAAAUAAAACCCAAAUGUACUC